CUUGUUCUUCUUCUUCUUCUGUGUGCGUCCAAGGCAUUUAUAAUUCCCGGGCUAAGGAGCACCGCUGCACCUCUUGGUAUCAUUCCGUUUCCGGCUUCGCGACCCGAUAUCCAUAUUCCCUCCAUUUCAGUUUCCCGGGCGUAAAGUAGUUCCCCGCAAUGGAGUCCGAGGCUUUUGAGGACAUGCAGAAGGGCGGCGGAUCCCUCCGCAUGGUCAAGGAUUUGGGGGCCGGUGCUGCUGGUGGAAUUGCUCAGGUGCUUCUCGGACAGCCUUUUGACAUUGUCAAGGUUCGCCUCCAAACCACUACCCAGUACUCCAAUGCCUUGGACUGUGCCACCAAGAUCUUCAAGAAGGAGGGCCCCUUUGCCUUCUACAAGGGUACCCUGACUCCGUUGAUCGGAAUCGGUGCCUGCGUCAGUGUGCAAUUCGGUGCUUUCCACGAAGCCCGGAGACGCCUUGAGAAGCUCAACAAGAAGAAAUACGCCGACAGCACUCUCUCCUACUCCCAGUACUACCUGGCCGGUAGUUUCGCCGGUCUCACCAACUCCGUGCUGUCGGGUCCCAUUGAGCACGUCCGUAUCCGUCUGCAGACCCAGCCCCACGGUGCGGACCGCCUGUACAACGGCCCCAUUGACUGCAUUCGCAAGCUCUGCAACCAGGGCGGCGUCCUCAAGGGUCUUUUCCGCGGCCAGAACGUCACCUACCUCCGUGAAGCCCAGGCCUACGGAACCUGGUUCCUGGCUUUCGAGUACCUGAUGAACCAGGAUGCCAAGCGCAACAACAUCAAGCGUGAGGACAUCUCCAGCUUGAAGGUCGCCACCUAUGGUGGUCUGGCCGGUGAGGCCCUCUGGCUGAGCAGCUACCCCUUCGACGUGGUCAAGAGUAAGAUGCAGUGCGAUGGGUUCGGUGCCCAGCAGCAGUUCAAGAGCAUGACCGACUGCUUCAAGAAGACUUAUGCAGCUGAGGGAUUUGCUGGCUUCUGGAAGGGUAUCGGACCUACCCUGCUUAGGGCUAUGCCUGUGUCUGCCGGUACUUUUGCUGUUGUCGAGCUCACCAUGAGAGCCCUUGGUUAAACCAACCAGCCAGCCAGAGAAAACAAAUCAAAUAAAAAAUAAACUAAUACCCAUCACAUAUCCCAACCACAGUUCAAGUUCGGUGGUGUUUUCUUGAUAUCCUUGUCUAUCUGUCUAUCUCUUCGUCAAUUUCAACAGGGCACACACACCCACACUGGAGGAAAAGUUCCGCUUUAGACUUCUUCAUCAUCAUUAUCAGAUUUUGUACUCGUCUCGCAUGGUUUAUAGACAGCCCAUCUGUAUUUGACAGAUGCGAGCAAUUCAGCUUCUUUUCAACACGGCCGGUUCAUGGAUUUUAUUCGUCUUUCUUUUCCUCCUCUUUUUUUUUAACUACUACUAUACUAAGAAUUCUAUACACCCACCCCA